AUGUUCCGUCAGUGCGUUACGUUGGCAGUGCUGGGGUGUGUUAUGGCGGCGCCUCAACACCAAUAUCAGACGCAACAACAGCAAGAUGAGGGCAUUCCACCGCACCUACUGAGAGAGUACAUUGGUGGCCAACAGCCUAGCCAAGUGCAGACUCAGAUCAUUCCCCGCCCACAGCACUUAGGCGGCGCACCUGCCCAAGGACCCGCGAGACUUCCGUACCAAGUGCAGACCGAAAACCAGUACCAGGGCCGCCAGCAGUACCAGCCCCAGCCCCAGCCACAGCCUCAGCCCCAACCUCAGCAACAAUACCGCCAGCAGUAUGCCCAAGAAGGUCCUCAGCGAGUUCCCGAAGAUUAUGACCCAAAUCCCUCCUACCAGUUCGGCUUUGACGUCAACGACGACCAGUACACCAACUACCAGAACCGCAAGGAGCAGAGGGAGGGUGGUGUCAUCAAGGGCUCGUACUCCGUUGUGGACAGCGACGGCUUCGUAAGGACGGUCACCUACACCGCUGACCCAAAAGAAGGUUUCAAGGCUGAGGUAUCACGCCAGCCCACCGACAUCGUGGUGAAGAUACCGACACCGAAACCACAAACGCUCCAGCAACCCCAGAUCCCCCACCAGCAAUUGCAGCAACAGCCACAGCAUCAACAGCAACAACAAGCCGCGCCCCAAUACUACCAACGUUACGAGCAA